ACGAUUCAUGUCCACCUCGUAGCGACCCAGAAUAUAUUAAAGCACCCAGAAAGGCCACAGCAUGAGGAUCCUGUUUCCCUUUCUCUCUCUCAUUUUCUAACACAGUUUGUGACACUGUUUCUGCUGUGUUUUUUCAUGUUUGGGGUCUUUGUUCUGGGCUUUUCUUUGGUUUAAGCCUGAGACAGAGGUAACAGCAUGAGUUGCUUUGGUUGGGCAACCAAAUCAAGCAAAAAAUCGAACAGUAGCAACAACGAGAAGCCCAGCAAUGUCACUGCCGUUGAAAAAGUCAAAGUUGAUUUGAAUGUGAGCGGUAAAAAAGAAGAUAAUUCAAAGUCUGAUCAACUGUCUCUAGAUGUGAAGAAUUUGAAUUUAAAAGAGGAGUCCAAUGAAGAAAAAGUUAACAAUUACAGGGCACAGACAUUUACUUUUGAUGAGCUUGCAGCUGCAACAAGGAAUUUUAGGUCGGAUUGCUUUUUGGGUGAAGGCGGGUUUGGCAAGGUUUACAAGGGGCACAUAGAGAAAAUAAAUCAGGUUGUAGCAAUAAAGCAACUGGACCCUCAUGGGCUUCAAGGAAUUAGGGAAUUUGUUGUUGAAGUUUUGACACUGAGUAUGGCAGACCACCCUAAUCUGGUCAAGUUAAUUGGGUUUUGUGCUGAGAGAGAGCAGAGGCUGUUGGUUUAUGAGUACAUGCCAUUAGGAUCUUUGGAAAAUCAUUUGCAUGAUCUUUCACCUGGUAGAAAACCACUUGAUUGGAACACAAGAAUGAAAAUAGCAGCUGGUGCAGCUAGAGGUUUAGAGUAUUUGCAUGAUAAAAUGAAGCCUCCUGUCAUAUACCGUGACCUGAAAUGCUCCAACAUUUUGUUAGGCGAGGGAUAUCAUGCCAAGUUAUCUGAUUUUGGUUUGGCAAAAGUAGGCCCAAGUGGUGAUAAGACCCAUGUAUCAACAAGAGUUAUGGGAACAUAUGGGUACUGUGCCCCAGAUUAUGCUAUGACCGGUCAAUUAACAUUCAAGUCUGAUAUUUAUAGCUUUGGAGUUGUUCUUUUGGAGAUCAUAACGGGCAGGAAGGCGAUUGACCAUACAAAACCUGCUAAAGAACAAAAUCUAGUUGCAUGGGCAAGGCCUUUAUUCAAAGACCGAAGAAGAUUCUCGGAGAUGGUUGAUCCAUUGCUUAGAGGUCAAUUUCCAGUGAGGGGUUUGUACCAAGCUCUUGCUAUUGCUGCUAUGUGUGUUCAAGAACAGCCUAAUAUGCGGCCUGGUAUAGCUGACGUUGUUACAGCUCUAAAUUACCUUGCAUCCCAGAAAUAUGAUCCUCAAAGUCAUCCAGCGCAAAGCUCUAGAAAAGGUAUACCUUCUCCAAGAGUGAGAAGUGACGCUAAUCAUAAACGUGUUGUUAGUAAUGGUUCUGAGAUAGAAUAUAAUCCCGAAGUUCAUUCAGUACAAAGUUCUUCUAAAGUUUCAUCUCCGAGGGUGAGAGGUGACAUACAUAGACGAAAUGUUAGUAAUGGUUCUGAGACAGAUAGCUCUGGAAGUUAGAAAAUUGAAGUGUUUUUGGAUAUUCGUAUUGUGAAAUGCCUAGUUAUCCAAUUUUCCUUCAUAGGAGAUAACUGGUUCCUCUUCAAUUCUGAAGCCUGAAGUAAAGAAACAAUAUUCCCUUCAGUUUCCCCCUCUUCUGUAUACAUGUGAAGUGGCUUUUUCUUGUAGUUAAGAUGCUCUGCUAUGUAGGUGUUUUUGUUUUGGCCCAUCUUUUAGAAUUUAGUCUCAGCUACAAUAAAUGACUUUUUGAUAGUCAUCUUAACUGCAAUGCUUUAGCCACCACUAUCUAUAGACUCUAUAUGCCAACUGUUUGAACAGAAUGAUAUAUGUUAGCAGUUUAAACCACUUUUCCAGCAGAACCUCUGCUGUUGAAGG